CCGUGACACGUGACUGCAUCUAACACGCCAACGGAAGUCGUAUCAAAUGGGCGCCGAGUUCGAGCUCCAAGUACGAAAUAACUAGGCAUUUAUAUCCCUCCCAAAGACUCCUCUCGCCCCUCAAUGGAUCGCCAGAUCCCUCUUUGGCGAUAGCGAUUUUCAUUUUCUUUCUAUGCUUCUUCUAGCAGCUUAAUAAACCCUUUGCACUUUCCACAUUCAUCCAUCUACCAUUCAGCAAAAAUGUCCCUCUCUGCCUCAGAUUCAUACCUCCAUGCCUCCGCCCAUUCUCAAGAUCAACUCGAUGAGCUCCACGAAUUAGAUUCUUUGCCUUCCUCCAUUGCUAGCUCUGAUUAUGCCUCUUCAGACGAGGGAGAAGAAUCCGAUGCACAGAAGGAAUGGGAAGCCAGUUUGCAGCAGUUGGAAAUGAUGCUUACGAUGGUGAUUGUGCCAUGGGUUGGGAAAUACUUUGGAAGGAAAUUUGCUUACUGGAGUAUGUCCUCCUGCUUUUGCUGCUGCUUUUUGUUUUGUUUUCUUGCUUUCUUUGGAUUUCUGUGGGAGGUGACAAGAGGAGACGUGAAUUAUCUCCUCUUCUGAAAAGAUUAUAAAUGCAAGGACAUUGGCUAAUAAAUCCCCGUUAUCUGCAAAUAGGUUGGGCAAAAUAUAUGACAUGGAAGUAUCCAGUCACCGUCGAAAUAACCAGUAAACCAGCCUUUGAAGGAGCUGGAGCCGUAGAAGCUGCAGCCUCAUUAUGAGCAAAGCCUAGGGAUUUGAGUCUAAAGCCAGCGAGGCUAAAGCAAGCACAUACGAGAGAAAAUAUCCACGAAUGCAAAUCGCAGACUCGAGGGGAAUAUUCGAGUGAACUUGUGAAUACGAGACUCAUGAGCAUGAGGCCUGUGGAUUAGAGAAGUCAGGCGGAGAAGUCGCAAGCAUCAGAUGUCUUAUUCAGAAGAGAGUUCUUGGUAAAUCAUCAAAGGGCAUCCUGGAACAGCUAUUAUGGCAUUGGGAUUGGCGUUUAUAGACGAUGCAUAUGGAGGUACAUUGCCGAUAUCUGAUAUCUUGGCUGGGCACAUUGUUUAUAGAGGGAUUGCUUGAGUGCAAGCAAGACAUGUACAUGAUUUAGCUCACUCGGUACAUAUGAAUGU